GGGGAGAAAAAAAAAAGUUACUGGAAACAGAAGAGUGACGUUGAGAUUUGCGCACCCACCCAUCCCAACACGGUGCCUGUUACACCAGUGCUGUUGUUGCUCACUUUGCACUCUGAGCGGAGGAAGCAUGUCACCAUGAGAAACAGCCGCAACAACAACAACAUCAAGUAUGAGCCAAAAAGCAGCAUGCCAAACCUAAAAGGCGCCGGAUCCAUAUGAGCUCCCUCUGAACACUCGGCCAUGAGUGGAAAGGGUUGCCAGCUCCUGGUGUCGCCAUGCGGCAUGUCCCCGUCGCUGGGGAAGAUAAGAGGGCACCAGUCCCAGGUCGUCAAGGUGCCCGUGGCAUCCCCUCCGCGGGGCAGUUUUCCCUUCUUGGGUGCGAAUAAAGUAAGCAGCGGGAAGCAGAACGGCGGCCCUGUGACCCUGCCGAGCCUGAGCCUCCACAGGAAGGUGUUGACAAAUGGGAAGCGGGACGUCAAGCCGGCGACAUCGCUGUACCAGCAAGAUGCGACCAUUCAAGGAGGCUCUUCCAAAAAAGCAGGUAGCUGCGGUUCCAGACCUGCCAUUGAAGUUCUCCGGCAUCCUGCCGGUUCGAACCCCACGGUAACCAGCUCACCAAUGUCAGUUGUCCCUGGUCAUCAACACGAUGUUGUUGCGUCUUACCACCCGCCUCUUGAUGCCAGGUCGGUACUAUCGAGAGAAUCCCUGGCGUCCACCACCCUCAGUCUUUUCGAAAGCCAGUCGGUGUUUAGCGGACGAAACGAUUGGCCUUUUGGCUACCGUGUCCAACCGCCGCUGGGGCAGGCGCCGUGUUCCGCCCUGGCCGGCGAAAGCGGUGAGCAACUCGGCCUCCCCCUUGGCAGAACCGUGUCCAGCACAGAGGCUUCUGGCGGCACGAGCACGUCGGCCUCCCUGCCCUCGUAUCUUUUCGCGGGUGAUGCCGGGAGCCCCAGACAGCAUAACGUAAAGAAGAGAGCUCUUUCCAUGUCCCCUUUGUCGGACGUGAUGGGCGCCGAUUUCAACUCCAUCAUACGCACCUCACCUACAUCGCUUGUGGCUUAUAUCAAUAGCUCUCCGACAUCUCACUCUACUCUCUCGCCCGUCCAGUCCGAGGGCUAUGGCCACUUCCUGGGCGUGAAGGGCUCUUACAUCCCCCAGGUUCAUCCCUACGCGAUGCCAGAUUCUUUACCAGCUCUGAUUUCACCGGGCGAGUGCAGUCGCAAGGUUCUGGAAGAGGGCGGGGCUCCGGGGAGUCAGAUGGCUAACAUGGUGGUGGAACAACAGUGCCUUCCAAAUUCUCAGAAAGUGGCCGCACUGGGAAAUAUUUCCGAAACCUGUAGCGAGGAGACUAACCACAGACCAACUCCGCAGCUACAGUCGGUUCCACUGCCUGUUGAAGAAGCUAUUAUUCCACAGGGACCUCCACCGCCCUACCACUCCCACCGCCACAUUCACCUUCCCAGAAUUCACCACAAAAUAAGGACCCAAGACAUUGUCAACCAGGGUCCCGUGGUUGCACCCCGGCACGGCCUCAGCUUUUUCCCCCAGAUUCCGAUGCUGGAGGAAGAAGAGGGAGAAACGGAGGACUACGGCGCCCACCGAUGCUUGUGGGCGGACUGCAGUGCAGUCUAUGACCAAAAAGACGAGCUGGCGAAGCACAUAGAAAAGCUACACGUGGACCAGAGGAAAGCGGAGGACUUCACAUGCUACUGGGCGGGCUGUCCGCGGAACCUCAAGCCUUUCAAUGCCCGUUACAAGCUUCUGAUCCACAUGAGGGUCCAUUCCGGAGAGAAGCCCAACAAGUGCAUGUUCAAGGGCUGCAUGAAGGCUUUCUCCCGCCUGGAAAACCUAAAGAUCCACCUGCGCAGCCACACGGGGGAGAAGCCGUACCUGUGCCAGCAUCCAGGAUGCUUCAAGGCCUUUAGCAACUCCAGCGACAGAGCCAAGCACCAGCGCACCCACCUGGACACAUCAGAUUUUGGGAUGUGGAUUCAGAAGCCGUACGCGUGCCAAGUGCCAGGCUGUGCAAAGCGCUACACUGAUCCCAGCUCUUUGAGGAAGCACGUCAGGUCCCAUUCCACUGCGGAGAGACAGCUACGGAAAAAGAUGAAAUCCACAUCUGAUGUGACCCAAGAGUCUCUGACAGACUGCUUAACCAUCCACCAUUUGCACCACAGCCUCUCUCCACCAGCCAGGAGAGACAACUUGAUAGCGUCCUCCACAGCCUCUCGAGAGCCAUUCUCAACUGGUCCACAGGGAGGCGACUCCCCCCACGAUCCUCACACGGCUCUUAUGUGCACCCUGCCAGACAGUCGCAGGUUCGUCGAUCCUCCUCCUGGCCAGCUUUUCUGCACUGACCCCUGCCCGGCACUCUCACGCCUUCCCCAUCCUCCCAGUGGUGCAUCCAUGCGGUCCAGUCGGACCCCCGGAUCGGCAGCAGACCACAGCACAGAUCUCUCAGGGCAGAUGGAGGCACUCUUUCCCUACGACGGGAUGUCAGCGCGGGCCGAGUCCGGUCACCUCGGGCAAGCGGACGCCUUUGGAGGCAGCGGGAUCUGCAACACAGGGUUUGACGUACAAACGUCAGGAGGUGACUUCUUCAACGUGAUGGAAGCCCAUGCGUGCCAAGUGUACCGUAACCCAACAGAGGAAUGACAGCACGCCAACCUGUGGCAUUCUUUCCUUUGCACUAUUUUUGGACGCAACGUCAAGAACACAUAGACUUGACAGAAUCUCUUGCUUCCAAAUAAGAGGGUGACUUUAUAUUGAAGUAUUGAGUUUGAUCCACAAGUAUUUGGAAAAUCAUUGAUUUGAUCAGGGAAUCAUUAACUUUUUGGGCCCAGGUGGUUCCUCAUUAUCAGAACACCAAUUUAAUGUAACAUGUACACUCCUAAAUGUAGUAAGAAUUCAAAAGUAGCCUAUGUUUGUCCGAAAAAAGUCAGCGCCCCUUGCUCAUUUGAGGCGAAUGAGCAAAGCUGGUUUGAUUGAUGGCAAAUCAAGUCGGCGGCGUUCAUGUCUACAACGGCGCAAACUGCCCUUUAUUCAAUGCGCCGGCUUGCAUGUGUCCACGAAAGGAACAAAACAUGGUCUAAGCCAUAUCUGUGCAGAUUUACACCGCGAGUCAUGUCUGACUAUAGAACUAAUUGCAUUUGGAUGCAGAAUACUUUUGUCUGUACGUCUGGUACGUCAUUUUCACCUUCCCCCACAGGCUUACAUUAGUCACUAUAGUAACAAGAUUGAUAAUUUCACUGCAGUAUUCUGUGCUGAAAAAAAAACUAUAUAUGGUUUCUU